AGACUGACUCGAUCGUCAGCGGGUUCGUCUGCUCAAUAAUGACCGAGGAGGCGACGUGUGUAGUGCCGGGCAAGAGAGCGAGGUUAUAUAGCGCCAUACGCGCACGGCGUGCUGUCAAUGUGGGACCGGGUCUCGCCGUUUGUUUGUCUUGGGCAAGCGGCGGGCCACUGACGUUGUCGUCCGGACUUCUACUUGUAUUUUGGUACCGGAACCGGCCACGCGAUGACGCUAGGCUUGGUCUAGAAGUAGAAGGGGCCACGCCAAUUGUGCAGAAGAGAACUGCGUCGCGACGAUCUAGUACUCGUUGCGUGUGCAUAGACGUGCGCUUCAAAUCGUGACACCUGGCCGUCUCUUGAGCGCUGGAAGGCAAAUGGUAGAAGACUGUUGUUCUGGAUGGGAAAGGCCAGUUGAUGUCGUGCGUCAGUAUAUGGCACAUACGUGUGCGUGAACUGUACCGCGAGCGCCCGAUGUCUCUGACGCAGAAGAGGCAAAUGCGGUUUGCUGUCCGCAACGGAGGUAUAACGGAAGGUGACGGCUCUUCGUUGCAUGUACGUGCAUUACUACGAGAACUCGCCUAGGCUGUCACGAGCCGAAGACAGUCGUUCAGAAGAGACAAGACCGGUCGUUGGCGAGUCUUCACUUGUUUGGGUGGACAUUAUACAACGUGAACUCGCUGAGGCUUAGGCCCGACAAGAUGAAUUGAAUACGUAUUCCUAGGACGGAUUACGGCAGUCCGUAUCGAGCACACGCUGCGCAAGCGCACGUGACCUUGGCUUACCGCGACCAGACGUAAGCCGCCAAGCUUCAUAUCUUCCGUAGCCUGCAGGGAACCAUGAGCAGGAAUAAGUACAAGCGGCAAGCGUGCCAAGGUCGCGACUCCAACAACAAACUGCAGCACGUGUCGCGAACUGUGAAGACUGCGUCUCAAGCGCUGCCCUCGUCCGGACGCGACUCCGAAGGCGACCAGAAUAACGAUUCGACGCGACGCGACCAGAAGAAGCGCCUGCACCAGUGGCAGAGGAUCCACAUCGGCGUGUUCAUGGGCGCAUUUCUGUGCUCCUUGGCGGGCGUUCUGGCCUUCGGAAUGGUGCUGAAGAACUUCGAGGUGUACUGCCCGCUCUUCGCCAACGUUAGCGUGAUCCGCGACGAAGAGGUCGCCGCCAGCAACGCCAGUGCGCCGAGGCCCGUGCCGUACUACUCCGUCGAUUACGCGACCAGUUCCUGGGGAGGCAAGUGGGCGUGCGAAUUUUGCCUCUUCACGACGGUGUCGUCAUUCAUCUACGCGUUUCUCUGGCUGUGGAUAUUCUGCUCAUUCUCCCGCAAGGUGCAAGACAUGUCCGUAGUCAGGGAGAGCGCCCCGUGGAAGAUUGUACCACCGGCGUUAUUCAUCACCUGUGUCUUCUCCAUGCUCGUGCUCACCUGCGCCAUCUUGCUGACGGUGGGCCAGGCCACAUUGUGUGACUCGCUGGAGCGGCAUACUUUGGUCAGGUGAGCGCUCCUUGGA